AUGCCACCAUCUACAACGGAAGGCUUUUUGUGGACGCCUCAAGGAACAAAAGAAGGCCUGUCCACAAACGCAUACCGAGUAUCCUCAUCUACCAUACAAGAGAGUUACGAUGUCAUCAUCAUCGGUGCCGGAUUUACCGGUCUCAUCGCAGCAAGAGAUCUCAGCCAAAGACACAACCUCAAGGUCCUGCUCCUCGAAGCCAGAGACCGCAUCGGAGGCCGCACAUGGACAGCCAAUGUCCUAGGCGAAGAAGUAGAAAUGGGCGGAACAUGGGUCCACUGGGCCCAGCCUCACUUAUACAGUGAACUACGCCGAUGUGGACUACAUUCCAAUCUGAAGACAUCUGCCGGGACAUUAGCGCCAGAAAAGCAAUUCUUUGCAGAUGGCGGUCCGCCGCGGGAGAUAUCGAUCGUGGAAGCGGGUGAGAUCUUGGAUCGUGUCUCGCGGGCUUUCUUUACAGUUGAUGGUCAUGAUAGUCGUGCUUUAAUGCCUUAUCCUCAUGACCCAUUGAGGGAGCCGGCUUUGUGGCGGUCGUAUGAUCACUUGUCCAUCAAGGAUCGACUGGAUCAGUUGGAUUUCACGGAUUUCGAAAGAAACCUCUUUGAAUCGAACGUGAGCACAUUUGGCAGUGCUCCUGGAUCGAAGAUUGGGUUUACAGAGGCUCUCCGGUGGUUUGCUUUGGGCGGACACAGUAUGGCAGGGGUGUUUGAGAUGGCAGGACUUUAUAAGAUUGGCAGAGGAGGAAUGACCUCGUUCGCGCAGGCGAUAUUGAGAGAUUUCAGAGGUGACAUGCUGUUUGGCACUGUCGUGAAAGAUAUCAGUCAUUCCGCUUCGGGAGUCAAGGUCACGACUACGUUUGGGAAGUGCUUGAAAGCAAAGACGAUUGUCUCAACCAUUCCUUUGAACUGUCUGGGAGACAUAACUUUCAAUCCACCAUUGAGUCCCCUCCGACAAGAAGCUAUUGCACAAGGCCACAUCAACACGGGAGCCAAAAUCCACUUCAAAUUACGUUCCACGGAGCCGGCAUGGUUCGCAACAGCCUGUGCAAGUACAUACCUCUUUGCGUUCUCCGAUCACAACGGCACUCAAAGUGUCGGACCGUCGGGAACAUGGUGCAUCGGCUUUGGAUACAGCUCCCAUCUGACAGACAAGCGGGAUAGCAAGGAGAUCAUUGGUCAGUUCCGCAAGGAUGUUCGUCCAAAUGCCGAAGUCGAGGCCUACGCGACUCAUGAUUGGAUGAAUGAUCCAUAUGCUAAGGGGGUGUGGGCUUGCUGGGGCCCCAAUUCGGCUUCAAGAUAUCUCCAAGAGCUCCAGAGACCGCAUGGCCGGGUCGUCUUUGCUAGUGCGGACUGGUCAGAUGGAUGGAGAGGAUUUGUAGAUGGAGCUAUUGAGCAGGGCCAACAAGCCGUGCAGGAUGUUAUCAAGCUUCUGAACGGAAGCUCUGCUGCUCAUCCGAACCUGUAA